CAGGUGCCAGGAAGCCUUGGGCAACGCUGGUAGCUGCUGCAGCAUCUAGUUGCACAGAGAUGGGGUAAAGGGAACUAUGGGGAGCUUCUUGGAUGCCUAGAACGGGUUGCACAGGCAUUGUGCCUACGGGAUGACCCCAUAUCAUGUCUCUGCUCUGCUGAGCCCCUCUUGACUGGCUGCCAUGAGUUCUGUGUACCCCAGCUCCCUAUUACAAACACGAGAGUCCUGGGCAACCUGUGGGGUGUCAAUGGGUCUCUUUAAGAGCGGGGCUGGAAAGGUGAGUCAGGGCCACCAGAAAGCAGGAGGGUGAGCUCAUGGCAAAGCUGCCCCAGUCAUGUGGAGCAGCCACAGCUGUUGGUGCCCUUGGGCUGUGGAACGGAGGGGCCGGCAGCAUAAAGCCCCACAGCCAGUGGAGCUGCCGGCAGCACCAGGAGCCAGGACCGGGCACUCCUGCCUGUGGUAGCAAGGAGAAAAGGAUACAUCCUGCACGGGACUGUGUGCUGUGGGCAGACAUGGAGCUGGAUGUGGAACGGGCCAAGGAGCUCAUCGAGCAGAAGCUGGCAGAGGAGGAGGAAGAGGAGAAGAGACCCAAAGGGAAUGGUGCAUGGGAGCCGCCAGCUGUGGAGCGGAUGAACACACCUGAGCUGGAGGAGGAGAAACGCCAUGGCCCCAGGAACCGGGGCCUCGAGGCCAUCAAGGGUCAGGAGAGGGUGCGGAAGAGUUCAGUGGAUCUGCGGCGAGAGAUCAUCGAUGUGGGGAGCAUCCAACGACUCAUUGAACUCCGCAAGCAGCGUCGGCAGCGCCGGGCAGAGCGGGCGGCCACCCCCGAGCCCCCCCAGCCACCUGAACCCCUGGAGAUUGUGGGUCCUGUGGAGCCAGAGACCUUCCUGCGAGCCGCCGUUCAGGGCAAGAUGCAUGUCAUUGAGAAGUUCCUGGCAGAUGGUGGCCCCGCUGACACAUGUGAUGAGUUCCACCGCACAGCCCUGCACCGCUCCUCUCUGGAGGGACACAUGGAUAUCCUGCAGAAGCUGCUGGACAGUGGGGCCACAGUUGACUUCAGGGACCGGCUGGACUGCACUGCCAUGCACUGGGCCUGCCGGGGCGGGCACCUGGAUGCUGUCAAGCUGCUGCAGGACCAUGGGGCAGACCUCAACGUGAAGGACAAGCUGCUCAGCACACCCCUCCAUGUGGCCACCCGGACCGGACACCUUGACAUUGUGGAGCACCUCAUCCACUGUGGGGUGGAUAUCAAUGCCCCAGACAGGGAAGGGGACACUGCGCUGCAUGAUGCUACACGGCUCAGUCGCUACAAAAUCAUCAAAAAGCUGAUCCUGCAUGGGGCUGACAUGAUGGCCAAGAACGAGGCUGGCAAGACCCCGACAGACCUGGUGCAGCAGUGGCAGCUGGACACUCGCCAGGCACUGGAGACCAAGGAGCAGCCACAGGGGGAGAUGGAGGUCCCUGCAUGAUGGCACCAGGAAAGGACCAAGGAUCAGGCUUGGCUCCAAGGAUGAGACUUGUCUGUGUCAAUAAAAGUCGUCAAAGAGCAGCA